CACAUUUACAGAUUUUACACCAGUUAUUUAUGUACCCAAUUGCAAUUCCAUAUUAUCAUUUUAUAAUCUCCAUUUAUGUACUUUUCUUUUACAGAAAUGACCAUAAAUUGGAGAAACUUGUAAUGCAAAUUUUUCCCCUGGAAAAACCAAAUGAAGACAACACAGAAAAUAGAUUCUCAAAUCAUUCCAUGAAUCCUAUCAUGAAACAGAAUGAAUUAGACAAUUCCGAACCUACGGAGCGCGAGUUUUCUCUUGAAAGAGCAAGGAAAGGACUGUGCUGGGAACAUCUAGGAGGUCAUAAAGAUGGCGAAACUUUUGGAACUGAAGUGCAAGUGAAGAGGAGGAGGAGGACGCAGAGGAAGCCAUAUUGCAAGUUUCUGAUCGGCCAAAGAGAGGAGGGUUUGAAGAUAGGGACCGCAAACGAGAUGUCGAAAACCGAUACGAGUGGUCUUGAGAAGUCGACUGAUUCAUUGAACCGAUGCGGAGAAAUUGUGUAUCUAAACCAAGAUAGCAGUUGUUCCCCACGCCCUGUGUGGUUUUGCUUGCUUGCAAGUCAAGAAACGAACGACAUGGCAUUGCCUCAAAUACCAAAACCUUUUAUUAGUACCAAGAAUGGAGAUUUAGCCUUAUCCAUUGUGAACAAGUAUCUUGCAAUGAAGCUAAACCUCAAACAUGAAUCUGAGGUUGAAGUCAUGUGUUUGGGUCAUCCAUUGAUGCCAACCUUAACCCUAAACAACCUGAUAGACACAUGGCUAGAGGCCGUAUCAGAUAUCGAACCGGUGCCAGCCGAGGAAGGUGACGGCAGGAACUUUUUGAUGGAAUUAACGUAUAGAAGGUCCAUGAAGCAGUGCGCUUUGCAGUAA